AUGAGCCCUUCCACCAUGCCCGCUCGCCAGGACGCCUACUCCGUCUCCAUCCCUGUCUCUCCUCCUCCUCCAUCAGAUCUCUCCACCUACAUGCGCUCGAUGCACCAGCACACCAAGCGCCAGAUGGAGGCUGCCAACCGCUCCUCUACGAGAAGAUCCGGCGGCCGCACGAGUUACCCUCACAACUCUCACCACUCCUCAUCCAGCCACGAUUCAUCGUAUUAA